AUGGAUAAUGGAUUCAACCAAAACAAAGUACAGAAAAGAGAAGCGGCGCACGAGGAGAAGCUUCCAUGGGAGUUGAUUGAAGAGAUACUCUCUCGUGCCCCUCCUCAAUCUCUUGUUCGCUUCAGGACCGUUUGCAAACGAUGGAACGCUCUCUUCGACGACAAGACGUUCAUCAACAACCACAAGUCCACGUUUCGAUUCAUCUUGAAGACCAAAUCCAAGAUUUAUUCGGUAAGCAUCGAUCCCGAGAUAGUGGUGCGUGAGUUGACCUUGAAUAUUCCCGGUUUAGAAUAUCAGAUACCUCCUAAGGACUUGGUUGAAUGCGGUGAGUUCUUGCUAUGUAGCAUGGACAAAGCCAAAGGAGCCGCGGUUUGGAACCCGUGGUUGAAUCAGACUAGCUGGAUCAAACCCGACCAUGGAGCUGAUAAAAUACAUGGCAUAGGUUACGAUAGUAAUAGGACAAGUGAUCAGGAAAGUCAUGUCUACAAGACCAUUUGGUCUAGUUUCACCGAUUGGAAAAUCCAUGACUUUGCCUCCAAUACGUGGAAAGUCGUCGUCAAGCCGGAAUCCUGUGAAAGUAGAAAACGCCCUUGGUUACAUUCCACAAGUGGUGUAGCGUUGAAUGGAACUUUGUAUUGGGUUGCUUAUUUUGACAAUAAGACCGAUCCCUUGUACCGCCUAUACAGCUUCGAGUUUUCGAGAGAAAGAUUCUUCAAUAUUUGUGAUCUACCAUGUGGGAUGAACGAUCCUCGCGAUGCUCUUGUCCUUAGAGUCUUUAAGGGAGAUCGUUUUUCCUUGUUAAAACAAUGCCACCUAACAAAGAAGGUUGAGAUUUGGGUGACCAAGAACAAGAUUAGCGUUGAGGAUCGUGACAAUGUGGUUUGGAUGAACUUGUUGACUUUGUCAAUUUCUAACUUUCCGAGUUUAUUACCGACCGGAACCUACCAUGACGAUCAGCCAAGUUAUUUCAUCGACGAUAAAAGGCUCGUCGUGUGUUCUUGCGAUGAAUCUGGCCAAGCUUGGAUCUAUGUUGUGGCGGAAAACAAGUUGAUCAGCAAAGUCCAAAUAGAUUCUGUGGUUGAUCCUUGGCCUUUGCAUUGCACUUAUUUUCCCAGCUUGGUCCCGGUUCCUCGAGGUCAAAGAGAAGAAGAAGAAGAAUUAGAAGUUUAG